CAAUUAAUCGUUGGAAUGUUAAUCUGAUUCUACGCUAUAAACGUAGCCUUUGUGUGGAUUUAUAUAAAAAAAAAUUGAUAUUUUAGGUAGGCGUUACGUAAUUUAUGGCUGUUCCGUGUGCAGUUUGGUUUUUCUGAAGUGAUGUGAUCCUUGAUUACAGUUUGCACUUGUAAUGAUUAGUUAAAUUUACAUACUAUAAGUAGCCUUUAGCACUAAUGUUUAUAAAAUGCCUGUCGAUUUUCGGGAUUGCUUUUGGGGUGAAGGAAAUAAUGGAUUUCAUGUACUCUACCGUAACAUGAAAUAUGGAUAUGUUGUUAGUAAAGAUUUGGCAGAAUUCUUUAAAGAAAGGUCUGUUAUUGAGGAAACAAACUCAAAAUUAUUAUCCAAAUUGGCAAAACAUGCCAGUAAUUGUUGCUCUCAAGGGAGUUUUGCUCCAUUAUGGUCCAUUUUAAGAACUUCCACUGAAAAGUUAGCUACAUUGCAUAUGCAAAUGGUUCAAAGAUUUCAAGAGCUUAUAAAAGACAUAAUUAAAUAUUCUGAAGAUCAGCAUAAGAGACAUAAAUCGUGUAAAGAAGAAGAGUCUGGGACUUGUGAUGUUGUACAAACUAUACAGCUUACAACUAUUGCUUUACAAAAGGCAAAAGAAAACUUCAAUGCUAGGUCAAUGGAGUAUGAAAAGUUACGAAGAGACAAUGCAUCCUUAAAAGAACUAGAAAAGGCGGAGAUGAAAUGCAAGAAAGCCUGUGAUGAUUACAAAUUUUAUAUUGAUAAGUAUAGCACUGUUCGCGAAGAUUUUGAAAAGAAAAUGAUGGUGACUUGUGAGCACUUUCAGAGCAUAGAAGAAGCUCAUAUCAAACAAAUAAAAGUUUUCCUUUCUAAUUAUGCUCAUGUGCUAGAAAGUGGACAUGCAUUAAUAGGACAAGUGCAUGUAGAAUUUUUGCAACAAUGUAAUGAAAUGGAUGUCGACAAGCUUUUAGAGCAUAUGAUCAAUGAACGAGGUACUGGAACUGAAAAACCAGGGCCUGUAAGUUUUGAAGAUGCUGACUUGUCUCCAAUAGGACAGCCUCAAUCUCCGGACUCAUCAGAAAAUCACAAUGAAGAAAAGUCAUACAAGAAAGAAGGUAAAAAAAUGUCACUUCACCGCAAAAGCAAACCAUCCCGCCGAACCACUUCCUUACUGGACUUGUUUUUUUCAUCAUCCCUUGGUAACUCGGAUCCCAGUGGAGUGACCAAUUCAACGCCACCAAAUAAUCAGGUCAUUGAGAAUGAUAAUGAUGUACCAAAGCCUACACCCCCUAUCGGUAACACACUGAAUAGGACUAACUUCCGAGCCUCAAAAUACUGGCAAUCCUACUGGAACUCCUGGAGUUCAGGGUUUCUAAAGAGUAAAAGAGAAAAAAGAAAAGAAAAAAAGAAGAAGAAAAUGAAUGGUAUUAAAGAUGAUAGUGGUGUUACCAGUGGAGAUGGGGAUUCUCAAGAUAGAGUGACUAAUCCUCAGAUUGAUGCUGAAGGUUUUACUAUCAGACCUCCAGAGAGAAAUCAAGAAUAUCAGAAAGAUCCUUUUUAUUCAAGUUCAGAUAAUGACUCUGAUGCUACUACUGCAUUUUCUCCAUUGGAUGAUGAUGAAAAAGAUUGUAAAAAUAGAAUUCAUAUUGAAAUUAAACCUGUGAGUAACUGCACUGGUAUGAGUGCUAGUAAUGAUGAGCUUAUAGCUACUGUGGGAAAAUUUUCUUUAUCACCGGAUCCUCAGAGAACACGAAGGAUUAAUCGGCCGACUAGCAGCGCAGCAUCUACUCCAGAUGAGGGACCUUUGAAGCGGUCUAUCUCUAUGUCUAAUCCAUUAAAUAAAGCUGAUACUGAUUUAUUCAGCAUCUUCAGCCCUAGUGCAUCCAGUGCCUCAACACCUACUGGUCCUGCUGUGGGUGGGUUUCCAAGCCCCUCAAGUAGUAUUCCUAACUCUAAACCUCCAUCAUUGGGAGAGAUGGCUCAAAGUACUACAGAAUCUAAAAAUUCUGUAGCCCUAGAUUCUUCCUCUGAAGUUGAGCCUGAACUUGCCAAUAAUGAAGUACAGAAGCCAUUGUCAACAAGUCGAGUAGGCACUCCUACAAGUUCCAUAUUACUUCAUGUUCUUCCACGGCCUCCUUCCAGAAGAGCUUUCGAAGCAACAACGCGUGGACGCAUGUCCCCUCUUCCAUAUGCAAUGACAAGAACAGAAAGUAUUAGUAGCCUAACUAGCGACUUCAAAACAACAUCUAUGCCUGUUGGUUCCUCCAGGGGUCCUUCUCCAUUAACAAUUGGAAUGAGUGACACUAUACCCUUAGCCAUUGCAUUUAACGAAAUUGUAAAUGCAUGUUUCAAGGGAACUGAUGAAACAAGGUGUCAAGUUCGUUUAAUGGGUGAUAUGAAAGUGUCUUUUCCGGCUGGAAUUGUUCAAGUUUUAGCCAACAAUCCAUCCCCUGCUCAUCUUGUGUUCAAAUUAUCCAAAGCCAGUAAAAUUGAAACUAUACUGCCAAAUAAGCAACUCAUCUCCUUAGAUCCUAGUCAAAGUACAAAAGAGCAAUAUGUUUAUGAAUUUAAUAUGCAAGCUUUAACAGCAUUACUAAGAAAGCAAUAUGAACAGUCUCCAACUGCAUCAUAUUUUAACAUAGAUAUUCUAAAAUAUCAUAUCAAAACUCUCCAUGGAGCAAAAAGUACUCCCUUGCAUUUAGUUGCUUAUUGGAAGUGUGAGCCUACAUCUACAGAUCUGCGUAUAGACUAUAAAUUUAAUGCUUCUUCUUUAUCAAAUCCAUCUUCUUUAUCUAACAUAAAUAUUAUUGUUCCUGUAAAUGGUGGUGUCACUGAUGUGCAGUCUAAACCUAAAAUCAUAUGGAAUAGUGAUACGAGCCGUGCAAUGUGGAAGCUAGCUGAACUUUCUCAGUCAUCGGAUGGAGGUGGUCUAGGCUCUCUUCGCGCUCAUUUUGAUUUAAGCUCAGGGCCUUCUUCAGUAUGUGCAUUAGCUGCUCAGUUUAUAUGCAAUAACACUUCACUCUCGGGAGCUGAAUUUGAGCUUGUUGGUUUGGGGUAUCGUCUGUCUUUAGUCAAAAAACAAGUGGUUGCUGGUAAAUAUCUGUGUGAAUCUGAUCCAGUAUCUAAUUAUUAUGGAUAAAAUAUGUAAAGGUAUCAUCUGUAAAAUCAUUCCAUUUGCCAUAUGCGAUGAGAAAUCUGUCUUCAGAUGCAGUCACAAAAGUCUUUUCUUUCUAGAGGGAGCUCAUCAUAUGAAUGUAACGUUGCUGGAUAUUCAGAAAUAGUUAAAAUAUUCAGAGUGAAUCUUGCAACUAUGGCUCAUCAGAAGGCAUGCACCUUAGAGUUGUAUUGUUUAAGGCAGUAGUUAUAUUAAUGUUAAAAUACUACAGGCAAAACACACAUUCGUAAAGAAAUAUUUUAAUAUUUUAAGUUGGCAUUCUUUUAAGCAUACUAUUGUCAAUGAACAAUUUCUUUCUCAAAGAGUAAGAUAAAUUUUUUCACAAAAAAGAGUUGGAAAUAGAAAAUUAAUAAUAGUUUUGAAAAUCUUAGUGGAAUCCUUUGCCUAGAAACUACUAAGACUUGCUUAGAUAGACUCAAGACUUGCCCAGAAGUUUACUUGAUUUUGUCAGUCUCAUCUGGUUUAAUGAAAAAUGUGCCUGUUUUUUUUAAAUUUUUUUAUUAUAUAUUUUUGAAAAAUACCCUAAUUCAUGAAAUCUUCUAAAAGAAAAUUCCUAUUAAAAUGUAUAUUUUACUCAGUUUAUUACUUGUUUGAGUACUUAAAUAAGAAUUAUUGAUAAAUAAAAAUUGAAACGUCAUUAGCAGUACCUAACAUUACUUUUAACUUAACUAAAAUGUACUUUUUUAAAUAUUUUUAAGUUUGUUUUUUAUUUAAAUCUCUUUAUUUUUAAGUUAAUUAAACAAUAUGCUAUAACUAUUUAUUUGCUAUCGAUAAAAUAUUUUACAUAUUAUGUAAUAGUUGGCAUGAAAUCCUUAUUAUUUCAUUUGGUAGCUAUGCCGUCAAUCAAAAAAGUUUUUUUUUUUUUUUUUUUUUUUUUUUUUUUUUGAUUUUGUAAAACAUGAUUUCAUUAUGAAUGUUACAAAUUUUGACCAAUACAAAUUUUAGCUUUCUAAUAAGAAAGGCAUUAAGGAAUGAUAUUGGUACAUAUAAAUGAUAUUGGUAUAUAUUAAGGGAAAAAAUUAUUGCAAGUAGGUUCAGAGAGUUAAAAAUAUUAAUUAUGUUUAUCACAAGUUAUGCACUUAUAAUUUGGAUUUUUUUCUCUCAAAAAUAGCCAGCAUUAGUUCGCUUUUAAAUUUAAAACUAUACAAUGAUAUUUUUUAAUGUACUUUUGAAAUAAUAUUGUUUUUAUUCUUAGAAUCUUAUAUUAUAUUAUAACCUUAAUUUGCACCCAAAUAUUGUUUAGAAAAAUACAUUAAAUAAAAAAUAAAUACCUUGUUGUUUUCAAAAUUAUUUAAACUAAUAAGAUUGCAAUAUGGUUUAAAAGUAACAUCUAUUGUUUAUUAUAAAAGAACCCUUAAAAAUGAAAGCAUUAAAAUUCUGCUUUUUUUUGGCUUACAAUAUAGAUAUUUUUUUCUUAAAAACUGAAUUUAUGUGUUUAAGUAAUUGCAUAGAUAUACAGGGUGCUCACUAAAGUUUUUAUCUAUCCUUUUAACUUUCAAUGACAACAGCUGUAUUUGUAAAGGUGGUGUUUAAGUCUAGUAAAGUGGCUGUAUGCUACAAGAUGAGAUUGUUUACAGUACCACCUGGUGGGAAACUCCAGAGUGAGUUUUUGCAUCCCGAAAACGGCAUGAGAUAGUUAAGGCAUGAGUUAUUAAGUUGUAGAACAUCAAAAAUAGACUUCCUAUGGGUAUUAUCCUUCCAAGCAUUAAUCCAAACUUUCAGCUGCAAGCUUUUAUGCAUCAAAGAAAUGGUUUUUUUCCAUGUUAUUCAAUAAGAAACUAGUUGGUUGCAGAGUAGUUCAUGGGCUCAACAUUUGGAAAGUUUAUGCAAAAAUGUAACUCUUAUAUAUCAAAAAUAAUAGUAAUUUGUAAUAACUAGUUUUUUUCCUGAAAUCCUGUUUUGUCACAUUUCAGGAAAUCUCAAACAAAUGAAUUCAUGCUCUAUGUAUUUUUUCCAAGCAAUAAUGUUCAUAAAAAUUUUAUACUUCAUGCUAAUGAUGCUCUAUAAUGUUUACUUUUUUCUUCAUUGCUGUUUUUGAUGUAAGAAUACUUUUUUUUAGGAUUCAUGCUUUAGUGCAUAGUUUCUUCACUAUCCCUUGACACCACUUUAAUAAUUAUACCUACAACCAUUUGAAAGUUAAAAGAGGGUGGUUACUGUAUGUAUAUAUACAGUUUCCGAUACAUAUGCAGUACGCACCUGAGUAUCAAUUUCACAGUUUGUUAGACAACUGUUCCUUAGAGAAAAUAUUUUGCAUACUGUUCAAAUUGCUACAGUUACUACAAUUUUUGAAAAGUAUUUUGUCCGUAAGUUAUACCCGACACUAUUUUACUUGUGUGAAAUUUUACCUCACAUAAUUUGUUUUAAUGACUAGAUAUUCUUUUAUUUUUCUAUUUUAACCAUUUGUUGAUAAUAAACUGUUCUUUUACUCUAAUAAAAACUUCUAAAAAAAGAUCACCUGUAAAAAUAUUUGGAAAUAACAUUUUAAAAACAUUUUACUGAUCAUCUGUUGUUAUUCCAUCAUCUAAUUUGAGGAAUAAUCGAACUCUCAAAUCAUAAUUAUUUUUCAUUAUUGUAUCUAUCUGAGAAAAUAAAGUAACUGAUCAUAAUAUGUUGAAAUUAUCUUCAGUUUUGUAGAUUGAAACAUUUAUAAAUAUGUAAUUUAAUUUAGUAAUCGAUUUUAUCUGAAUUUCUUGGGGUCUUAUUUAGAAAAAUUGAUCUUCAAAAUGUAUCUAUUGAUACAAGUGAUUGCUUUGUAAAUGUGUAAAUAAAUUUUUUAGUAUUUAUCCAGUAGGUUUUGAUAAAAUUUCUCACUUCUGCAAACUAUCCGCUUUCUGUGAUAUAUAUAUAUAAAAAGCUUGCCUUUGAUAGGAAUGAUAAAAGCACAUCUACACAUUAGUUAUACCUAUUUUUCAUACAUAAUUCAUUGAUUACUGAAAAGUUAGAAUUUUAAAGCUUAUAUUGUUAAGGUGCAUGCCCUGCUGCCAAAGAACAGUUGUUUUGUGAGAAAUGUCUAAUGUACAGUCGUAUGUGAACUGCUGUUUUUUUUUUUUUUACAAAUUAUAUAUACACAUAUUAUAUAUCAUAUGUACAUAAGCUCUAGUUUUUUAACUUUUGAUCUAGAUUUACAAUGUUAUAUUUUUUUGUAUUUUAUUUUCUGGCACUAGUAUUAUUAAUGUUUACUACGAUUGAAAAAAAAGAAAGUAAUAUUGUUGAAUUGACUUGUGAGUUUUGAAAUUUUUAGGCUAUCGUUGCACUUGCCAAAUCAAUAAAUGUUUGCUUGCACCUAUCCAUUUUUUUUUUAAAAAAUUGAAUUGUUAUGUUUUAUGUUUUGUUAAACUGUUAUCAAAACAGAAGCUAUAUUAUAUAUUUAUUUUUUGUUAACUUUGAAGUUCUUAUAAAACUAUUUACAUCUUAUCAAUAGAAAUGAGUUGCAUGUACAAAAGUGUUUUAUAUCUUAUCAAAUAAUUUACUCUUAAUGAAUUUAUUGCUUUUAUUUUAUUAUAUUAUGAAUUUUAGUAUUUAUUUAUAUGUUAGAUGCUUAAAAUUUAUUUUUUAAAUUCAGUGUUUUUUACCAUCAACUUCUUUAAUCUUGCAAACAAACUAAAAUAGCAUGCAGUAUAGGUAAUAUAUACAAAUGUAAAAUGCAUUCAGCUCAAGCAGCUGCUUUGUAAAGAAAUAUUUCUAUUUGACAUUAAAGUUGAUUAUGAAUA